GUAACUGAACAAGGUAAAAGAAUGCGUACUUGUUUGAAAUCUUCUAGAAAUUUGUAAGAUAAGAUAACAAACAUUAUCAGUACAUACUAAGUAGGAAUGAAUUUGAAACACCUUUAAAAUAUUUGCAUAUUAUAGAGGUUAAAAAAAUUUUACAUAAAUGGGUAUAAUUAAAAAAAUCGUAACAGUCGGUGAUGGUGCUUGUGGAAAAACAUCUUUAUUAACUACAUUUAGUUUCAACGAAUUUCCUGAAUACCACGUACCUACGGUAUUUGAUGCAUAUUCAAAAGAUAUCGAAGUAGAAAACCAGCAAAUUACUUUAGCUUUAUGGGACACUGCAGGAGAAGAAGAUUAUGAUAGGCUAAGACCUUUGUCCUACAGUAGGACCAAUGUUGUACUUAUAUGUUUUGCUAUAGACUUUCCAGACUCUUUGUUAAAUGUUAAAGAAAAGUGGUGGCCUGAAGUGAAGCAUUUUUUACCCUAUGUGCCAUAUAUACUUGUAGGUAAUAAAUUGGAUCUGAGGAAUGACCCCGAAGUGGUAAAAUAUCUAAAUUCAGCGAAUUCUCAUCCUGUUAGCCAAGAAGAAGGAGAAAAAAUGGCGAGGAAAAUUAAAGCUAUCAAAUAUAUGGAAUGUUCUGCUAAACACAUUUUUGGAGUAAAACAAAUUUUUGAAGAAGCAGCGCGAAUAGCAAUUCAAACUAAAAAGGAGAGAAAAAUUAAGCAUUAUUGUAAUUUUUUGUGAAAAUUGAAAUAACUGAGGACUAAGUUUCCUUUGAAAAAAUCAAGUGCUUGUACCAUUUCUGAGUAGUUUAUAAGUAUAUAACUUGUAAAUAUACAAUUUUGUUAUAUUCUAUUCACUGAUUCAUGUACUUAUAUACAUAUACAAAUCAUUUUCUCUAUAUUCAUGACAUGUAGCUGAAAGUUACCAAUAAAAUAUUUUCAUUAAAAUAA